AUGGACGAACCGGACGUCCAGUUGGAAAACUACAGCAAGGAGGAAAAUUUCCCGGAGGAUCAGCAGAAGCAAGUGCCGGCUUUUCAGUUACGGGACAUCCAGUCUUCCGAUGAGGAGUCGGGCGACAGCUCGGCGGAUGAAGGGCCACUGCUUGGGCCUGCGGAUGAGUUUCUCUUCGGCCAGCAUGUGGAGUUUCGCUUCCAGCUGAUCACAUUCGCCUCGCGCGUCCCUGUAGUCUCGGCUCGGGUUCCCUCGGUGGCAACCGAUGCGGGGUGGACUUUGUCCACCUUCCGCCAUGCGGCGGAUUCCCCAGCUGAUCUUGAGAAAGUGAUUCCAGACAUAUUUGGAUCUUCAGAGCUUUCCCGUCUUCAGAUUGCGCAAGUUCGAGCAGCGUGGGCUGGGUUGUCGAGCAGCGCAUCUUCGGCCCCGCCUGCACUUACGGAGUACAAGAAAGCCUUUCUUGCUGCAUACACGAGCGAGAUAUUGUCUCCAUGCUCAAUGCCUUCGCUUCGUCUGGUAUCUCUAGCUGCUCACCAAGAAAGUAAGAAAGACUACAAGUGGAUUCCCUGGAAGCAUCGCAUGUCAGAAGAGAAAGCAGCCGAGCUUCAAUUGAGUAGGCCAGCCAAACAGCCGCGUUUGGAAGCGCUCGGCAUUUCCAGUUUGCUUCUUGAUGAGCCUCCCACGUUGGAGGUGGGCGAUAACUUCAUGGGGGUCAGUGCAGUGCAAAGGAUCUUAGCAAUCCACGAUGUUGCACUGGCCAUGGUAGGCUCUUGUCACCUGGCUCGCCUGAAAGCUUAUAGUAGCAAGUUCAUACAUCUUUUGUCUCAGCGCCACGAAGCUUCAUCAGGCUUGCGAGCUCCCACAAUUCUAGAGGCCCAGCAGGCUGAUUGCAAAUUGUGGCAGGGGAUUUACGCUCUGGUUCUUGAGAAGGAUUGGAACUUGAACGAUGCAAUCUUCGAGUAUACUGAAAUCAGGGGUGACAUGUCAAAUUUGCUUCAGGCAAGGGCUAGACCCCCACCGCCCCUGCGCUUCAAUGAGAAAGGCAUCAAGGGCAAAGGGCUUGGUCGCUUCAUGUCGGAACAUUGGAAGGGCUACAGCUUUGAAGGCAAAGGCAAAAGCCCCGGCAAGGAAAAAGGCUCCAAAGGCAAACCCUCGGGCAAAGGGGGUGCGGGCUCCUGGGUGAAGCAUGUUCAGGUCAAUGGCGAGACCAAACAAUUGUGCAUGCAGUGGCAAUCCGGGAAAUGCAGCAGGGGUGCGAGCUGUGCAUUCUUGCACAACUGUGCGUACCCGAAGGGUGAUGGCUCCGCAUGCAUGAGCAAGGCCCACAAUGCCCUCAACCACGCUUCGACUUCGCACUGA